GGAUAUAUGUAUAUUAGUACUAAUAACAAUAAUUUCAACGGUGUAAAAAAUAACGUUAGUCUCAACUUUGAACAUGAAAGCAGUAAUACAACGUGUGACAAAAGCUAGUGUUUCAGAUAAUACAUUAACUGAUGCAUAAAAAUUACUUAUAUUUUUAUAUCUACAUAUAUACAAAUUACUACAGGUUUUUAUUUUAUAAUAAAUCUAUAACUACCGUUUUUAUUUCAGCGAUAAAUGUUAUCGUAUAAAGGUAUAAACGUAUGUAUCAUCCAGAAUAAAAGAUCGUUUAAAAGAUUCGGAAUAUUAACUUUGUUUACUAUACUCGUUUGAACUGAAAUAUUUAAUUAUUAAUUUAUUAAUUUCUUAUUGAGACACAAUGGAGAACGAGGAAAAAAUGGAUAAAAAGUCAAUAAUUGUAGAAAGUGAAAAAGAUAAAUCUGUCGUUUCUUCACAAACAGAAAAGAUGGGAAAUACAAAGAAUGUGCAGUCUCAAAAAUCUGAUACUACAAACACUGGAAAUGAUGAAUUAAUUCAUUCGCGACAAUCGCGCGAAGUUCAAACGGAUAUCGCGUAUACAGAAACAGUAGGAAAAUUAAAAAAUCGGCUAGAUACAUUGAUGAAUUCUUUAGCUACUCUUUCAGCAGAAAAAUCUAAAAUGGAAGCAAGUUUUCAACAGGAUAAGAAGCAGUUGAGAAACGAACGAGACGAAUGUGAAAAAAUAAUCAAGGAUCUGAAAGAAAAAUUAAACAAAGUGCAAACUACGAAUUAUUCUGAAAUCGAGCAUGUGAAAUGUAAAUUAAUUAUGGAACGUCACGAGAGGGAAAGAGAGCAAGCUGAUCAUGCAAAAAUGAUAAAAGAACUACAAAAAUUAUUACAUGAUGAACGACGAAACAAAGAACAACUUGAAGCACAAGUAAAAAGUCAGUUUGCACAUAAGACACAAUGUAAAAUACUUGAAGCUGAAUUAGAAAUAGCUAGAAAUAAGCUUAAACAAGCAGAAGAAGCAGCUAAAGAAACACCCCCGAUUCUACUAUCACUCCAAUCUGAAAUGGCUCUAAUGAAGAAACAACAUUUAAAUGCAAUACAUGAAGAACAAAAAAGAGCUGCUGCUGCAGAACAGCAAGCUAGAGCAUUAGCAAUGACUCAUGAAGCAAGAGUAGCUGGUCUAGAAGCAAGACUAGCUGAACUUUCAGAAAUUGUUGGAGGAUAUGAUAGACUCAGACAGCAAGAUCAACAAGCCAUACAGAAACUGAAAGACCAACUAAUUAAUUUACAAGACUCUGAACAUGAGUAUAUUACAUUAAAUAAUGAACCUGAAGAGAUCAUUUCUAGAAUAAAAAACCUGUAUACCAAAUUGUUAGAUUUAGAUAAUAAAAAAAGCGAAUCAGCACAUGUUAAAUCAUUAUUACAUAGCUUAGAUUUAUAUGAUAAACAACAAGUUAUUGAUUAUAAAGAAAAGUAUGAAAUUUUGUUACAAGAAUUCGAAGAUUAUAAACAGCAAAUGAAGUAUAGUAAUGUUGGAAACAUAUCAUAUAAUAUUCAGAGUCAAAAUAUUGCAUCAUCUUAUGAUAAAAAUAGCAAAACGCAAUUACAUAUUUUAAAAGCACAUAAUAAUAAUCUAGAAGAACGAAUACGUGUUUUAAGUAACGAAAUUGUGAAUAAGGAAAGGGAAUUGAAGUUAAAAUUGGAGCAUCAGGAAAAGUCAUCUCAAGAAGAACAUGGAAAAUUGAGACAUUUGUUAUUACAAAAGGACAAUGAAUUUCGUAAUAAAAUAUCUACGUUAGAGCAACAAUUAUUACGUCAACGAGAACGAUCGAUGGCUCUUAUCGAAGAAAAGGAUAAAGAAAUUUUAACUUUAAAAACAUCUUUUCACGCAUUAUUACCCAAAAAGGAAAAUACCGCAGAAAGGAAGCUAAAUGCAUCAAAAUGUGAAAAUGGAACAGAGCCUAUUACCGAUUUAGUAACAGGAUUAUUGACAAAUGACAGUCCUCCAAUAUUGCAUUACAGUCAAGAGUUAGCAAGAAAAGAGGUGCAAGUAUCAGCAUCUAGAAAAAAAGUUUUAGAGUUAGAAGCAACAUUACGGGAAAAACAAAGAGAAGUCAUAUAUAUAAAGGAGAAACAGAAAGAAAAUAUAAAAGCUUUGCAAGCUCAGAUUGCGAGGCUCGAAGCUUGCAAGUCUAGGGAAGGUGCAAAUCUUGAAUAUUUGAAAAAUGUUUUUAUAAAUUAUUUAACUACAAGCGAUGUUUCUAGUAAACGUCAUAUGCUAAAUGCAAUUUCUACAGUAUUACGUUUUACUGCGGAAGAAUUAAAUAAGGCUCAGAAUGUCGGCGAUUGUCAACACAGAUUACAACAUUUUAUUUAAUAACACUUGUUCGAUAAUUUUAAUUAUUAAUCAGACAUCGGUAUAUAAUAUAUAUGAUUCUUUAAUAUAUAUAUUUCGUGAAGAAUAUUUCUUGCGAAUAAUUAUUUAUCUUAUUUAUCUGCUUUCUGAAAAUUUGUAAUCGGUAACCUGCUAAGAUCCUUCCUUCUUUUUUUUUCUUUCUUAUAUGCUUACUCUUUCUUUACAUAUAUGAUAAUGUUAGCAAUAGUAAUGUACAGAGGCCCUUAAAUAACAUUUCCCCGAGAAAAGUGUAUAUUUUCGUGUAAACGUUGGAACAGUAUCUGUCUUCUUUGAUCGAAAAAUAUCUUUUGCGUUAUAAUGUUCAAAUUUACUCGAAGAAGGAAAAAGCCAAUUCUUAAGUUCUUUCGUGUUAAUGAAGGAUUUCAUCCUAUUGGAUUAGACAGAUUAUUUCCUGUAUUAGCUGCAAGUGUCCUUUCUUUCUUUCUUCCUUCAUCUUUUUUAAUCUCUUUUUCUUUUAUACAACAAUAAUAUCAUACCUAUUAUAUAAUAUUUAUAGUGAUAAUAUAAAUAUUAUAGCAUUGGUAUACAUUAUCUUACAACUUGUAUUAAAGUUAUAAUAAAUCUAAAUCUAAAUCUAAAUCUGACGCAUGAGUCACUUUUUCUUCUCCCCUUUUUCUUACUUUUUUCUUUUUCUUUUUUCUCUCUUUUUGCCGGUACUAUCCUGUAAGAAAUCAAAUGUUCUCUAUCGAUGUUUAACCCUACUAUAAUCUUAGUCGUUAACGCGUUUUUAUGCAAAGCAUUUAAAAGCAAGAGAGUAGAAUACAGUCUAUCAAUGCUGCUGCGGCAUUGUUAGAUCGCGUGCAAGGAAACAAAUUUUUUUCAUUUAAGCACGAUAUAUAAUUUUUCGACAAUACAAUGUCAGACUGUACAUCGACGUUGCUCUUUUUCUUCUUUUUUGUCAUUUGCGUUCACUUUUCGUUUUUAAAACAAAUACAGCAAAUUUUCAUAUCUAAUAAAAAUAUUUUACUCUUUGACAUUGUAGGUCGGUCAUCCCAUAAAUAAUGCGAUUUUUCUGACAGUUAAGUUUAAAGCGAUGGAAGUUGUCGUUACGUGGUUAAGAAUUUUAUGAAAAGAGAAUAGAAAAGUUCAAGUAGAAAGAUAUCUACUACGACAACGAUUAUAUAACAGAAAUAAAAGAGGCUAUAUUACUGAUUGACCAAAUAUAUUGGCAGAAAAUUACAUUAUUUACGGGAUGUGUUAAUAUAAUUGUUUGCGAUGCUAGUCGACUUUUCUUCAAGUUUUCAGAGAUGUACGUACGGAAAGCAAUACAAAACACUUUACGUGUAUAAAAAGCCAGUGUUUAUGUUUAUUCGUGUUGUUCUUGUACGGUUAAUAGAGGAUACCGCAGACAGUGAACGUUUUAUCGUCGAUUCGUAAUUCGGUUUGUAUCGCUGAACAAAAUGAGAUUCAGUCUCGGUUGCUUUAAAUACAGCAAUAUAUACUUGGAAAUAUCAUCGCCAAAAUGAACUUACGAAUUCUUCGAAGAAGCAUGAAUGCCAUAAAUAUAUAAAUGACAUUUUUUGUACAUCUUAGAACGAUGUAACGUUGCACAAUAUGUUACGCAUAAGUAAUAAAUAUUCCUAGAUUUAAAGACAUCUUUAUAUCUUUUCUUGCGCUAAAAAUGAAUCGUGUCGAAAGUCAUGGAUCCCUUUACUACCUUUUCAUAAGGGAUAUUCAUGUUAGAUUAUCUUGGAAAAAAAUGAAUAAACAGUUUCCACGAAACGACCAUGUUAAAAAAGGAAGAAAAAAAAAAAAAAAGAAAAUUUGUCCGUGUUUUACUAUUCUUCUUAAGAAUAAACUAUCGUUUUAAAUGAAACAUAGGGACGUGUUCCUCUUUGAAAAGUGAAGAAUUUGCAAAUAAUUACACUCGUUUGUGAAAAUAAUAACAUUAACCGAUUCAUUAACGAGACGAUACAACCGACUGCGCUUUCUGAAGUUUCACGGUAGCUAUUAGUUCUUGCGUACUAUGCCCGAUUUCAAUUUCCUUUAUUCUUGUAAACAGGACAUUAUACAGACUAUAGACAAGUUGGAAAAUUUUGUAGUGAAGUGAAAAUAGGAAAUUUCGUUUGUUAAAUAUUCAACGCUGUUGUCAAUAAGCUAUUCAUAUUUCUAGAAAAAUGAUAUUGUUUAUUCACGCAAUUCUUUUGAAACUAUUAUGGAUACCAUAAUUCGUUAAAUGAUCAAAAGAAGAAAAAGGAAUGGCAACCAACUGUUGUUCGCGCUGAUUCGUUAUUCCUUUAGUGUUAAAUACGCGUAUAUACAAUAUACAUACGUAUCUUUUUAAAGGAUAUUCUCGUCAAAGACGUGUGUAUAUCUUUUCAAAAGCUCGCCGCCACGUAAAUACAUGUCCGUCGCAAAUGUUACACUGCAAAUUCUGUCUUACUUUCUUCUUACACUAACGUCUCAUAUCGUCCAUAUCGUUCUUCAGGAAAUGUAACAUAUUUGUAACACAAAAUGUGGCCAUACUGGCAAAUUUGGUCCAACACGUACGUGGUUCUCGUAUAAGGGCAUCGGAGUUAAAAUCUGCCAAUCGCGUCCAGAUCGUUUGCAUACUCUUUGUUCAUAUAUUUACAAUUCACGAAUCUUAUGUAUACCUUUUAGUAUACAGGAUCCUAUUGAGAAUUGAAAGAAAAAAUUUCUUGUAUAAAAAUUAAUUAGAAAUAUGAAACAUAAAAUAUUGUGGAAUUUUGUUCAAUUUAAGUUUACAUUUUGAAACAAUUUGUAUAGGAUGUACAAAAGGUAAGUUUGAAAAAUACCAUAGCGACAUUCCACACUUUUGGACCGGUGGAGAUUCGAAAAAAAAAAAUUCCUACAGAAUUGAACUUAACGUUGAAGUUCAAGAUUAAUUUUUUUCUAUUCCAUCGUAUUCUACUCGUCACGAGGAUUAAACGCCUCAGGGGAACCACGAGUCGCACUCGGUUGUUCUCUUGGAGAAAAUUAUUAAAGUUUUAUUAUUAAUUCCAUAUAUGUACGCGUGUAUGUAUAUACGUAUGUAUAUACAUCGUGUACCGAAAAUUGUGGUACAAGCCAAGAGGCGGAGAUUCACCACGCAAAGGUAAGUCGAAAAUGUAGAAUGGUGAUUGUUGAUGCAAGGCUACGUUUUCGAGAGAAACCAACUAUGAAAUUUCAUCAUGUGCACUUGAAAAGCAACGAGAAUGAAGUAGAUGCAGCUUCAUAGCUGAUUUUCUCGAAAACGAAGCCUCGUAUCAAAAAUUGUCACUUUACCCGUGAUACUCUGUACCACGAUCUUCGGUACAUCCUAUAUAAAACUGAUAUUACUCAUAAUAUAUUUGCAUCUUGCGAUCAGGCAGACUUUACAUAGCGCGCUGUUGACGAAGCCGCUGUCAAUUGUUCUUUAGCACGUGAAACAACAGAUCGACAAUCGGCAAAGGAUAAUGAAAGAUCACUACGGUUCAGAAGUUCCAGGUCGUCGUGAUUUCGUACGAUUGGAUCAAUUCAGUGGAUUAUUUUAGUUCAGGUGAACGGAUUAUAUCCGUUGAACAAUGAAUUAAAAUAUCGAAUUGAAUAUCGUCUAGAAUCAAUGCGUAAUCUUAGGGAGAAACUUGGCCGAAAUGUAGAAAUGCGAGUCCGGCGCUGUUUAAACAACGUGCUAAACUGAUGGCCAUACGAAAGUUAGCACGGCUAUUAUGCAGAUUCGAAAAGGAAGAAAGAAAGAAAGAUAUCUGCGUGCGACGGUAGAUGCCAUUUAUCAUGUAUUUGAUUAUGAAACGUAAAUAUAUUAUAAAUAAAAUCAGUUAUAUAUAUAUAUAUAUAUAUACACAUAUUGAUGCUCGUUGAUUGUUAAGACGUUUGAUCCUCCUGAUGAGUAGAAUAUGAUGCAAUAACAAAAUUUGACUUUGAAUUUCAAGCUCAAGGUGAAUUUUGCACGAACUUUUUUUUAGAAAUCUCCGCCGAUCCAAACGUGUGGAAUCCCACUAUGAUGGCUUUUACACUUACUUUUUACACACUCUUUACAUGACAAGCGCAUUUUACUUUCUUUAUACUUCUGUAAAUUAAUGAAAUAGAUACAAACGGUAAAUUGAUAAUGGUAUUCGUUGUCGAUUCUUGCAAUUUUCAAAUACUACUUAGUAUUGUUAAAUAUAGGAAUUGAUCAACUUUAAGUAUAAUUAAGAUUUAAAACACCAUAUGUAUAAAUAUGCAUAAAUAUGCAUAAUGCAACUGUUCCCUAUAAUUGAUUUAAUAUAACUUAUUUAAAAUUUGUUAUUUGUUUAUUACUUAGAAUUAUUUAACAUUUCUUUCAUGAUUUCAAUCAUAAAUCAUAAAUUUGAAUGCACUCUUAAAACUUAUA